GUUCAGAAGGAUAUGACUAUAGGAGUAAACAAUAUAUAGCAGAUAUAGAUAAUAAAGAAUCACCAUACAUUUAAUAUACCUACUACCUAUAUAGUUCAAAAAGUUUUUGUUCAAAACUCGCUGGAUUUAAUAUCAACACGACGUGUAAGUAAAUACUAUGAAAAAAAAAAUUAAUAUAUAGUAAUGUGAUAAAUACAAGUUUUAGAUAACAGUAAACACUACGAAGGUACCUAUUGAACUAGUGAAAACUAACACUUGUUUUGUUGUUUCACUAUUAUAAUAUUCAAUUGAAUAUUAUGUACAGAUCAGGAUUGCAUUCCAUAGUUUAUAUAACUGCGCCAUCAAUUAAGAUAGCAAAAGAAUUAGCUCAGUAAGUUUGUAGUGAAAAAAAAUUAAUUAAAACCUAGUAACCAUAAAAACGUUAAAUUGAAAUGUAUAAAUGUAGGUAUAGUUUAAAAUUUUAAAAUAUAUUAUUCUAAUUAGACAGGUGAUUUUCUGUUUUUUUUUUUUUUAAACAGUUGUAAACAAAUUGUUUAAUAAAAAAUAAUUGAUUAUUUUAUUGUAAAUGAAAAAAUGUUAAGUUCUGAAACUUCAAUGUAUAAUCAACUAUUUAAUUUUGAAUUGUAUAGAUAAAAAAAUGAUAUUAUGAUAUCUAAGUAUGAUUUUCAAUAAAUCUCAAUAAUUUAUGUCCUCUCAAUACAAUUAAAAAUGUUAAAAUCAAUUAUUAUGAAACAUGAGAACUAUGUUUUGUAUUAUAUUUUAUAUAUACAUAUACAUGUAUCGAGUUUAUAUAUGUAUUGAAUCUGAUUUUCUGGAUUUAAGCCUCCAAUAUUUUAUUAUAAAUUUAUUGGUUUUAUUUUUUCUCAUUUUCCACCUUUAAUUAUUUAGAUAAUAGAAUAGCUAUCCCACGAAGAUAUACCCGUUGCAAUAUCUCCUGAGAUAAUAAAGAUGAUCAAAUUCUGGUUGUUUUUUUUUUUAUAUAUUACACAUGGGGAUAAGGACUACUAAUUUAUUUAUAUUUGAAUUAAAUUUAUAUGAUUUAGUAAAAAAACAAAUAUCUUUUUAUUUUAUUAUUUUCGAAAAAUAUAAAAAAAUUAUUGAAAUAUAAAUAUUUGUAGUCUUUAUUUCUGUGAGUAGUACAUAAAACAAAAAGACUCCUAGUAUAAUGGGGAUGAAUGCAGCCACUGUUGUAAGUAAUAUAAUGUAUACCUGUAAGCAACGACAAACCAUUGCAAAUAAAAAUACAACUCUUAGCAAAGUUCAGUUGAUAGUGAUGCUUUAUCAACAUUUCAUAGUAAAAUAAUUACAUAGCCUUUAUAUAUUUUCUUAAAUAAUAUUUGUUUAAUUUUGUACCAAUUUUUCUACGUUUUUCCCAGUUUCUCAAAUUUUAUCCCAGUUUUUCAAAUUUGAUGAGAAAAUCGAAAAAUGACUCCUCUUAAGUACCUCCCCACAUAGAUUUACUUUCAGAAAAACUACUACACUUAAAAAUCUGAGCAAGUCUUCUGGUAGAAAUGUGGCACACAAAAAAAAAAAUAAACAUCUUUCUAAAACCAUAAGCUUCUUUUCUUUCUUUUCAUAUUUUAUUUUUCAUUAUUUUAUCAUAUUUUCAUAUUUAAAGUAUGUACAAUAUUAUCAAUGUUCCUCGAAGAUUUUAUUCUAAUAAUUUAAAAUAUGCAUUUGUGUCUCUUAUGUUAAUUUUCAAAACAGUUUAUAAAAUUAUCUAUUAUAAGAUAUCUGAGAACUGAUUUUUAUAAAAUGAAGUUAAUACAGUUUUUUCUUUUUUUUUAUGUGUUGUAUAUGCCAAAUUUGAUACCUUUAAAAUAUAGACAUUUUUGAUACUUGCUUAUUUUACUUGAAGGUAAACCUGACACUGUAAAUAUUGAAAACAAAUUGUUAGCCUAUUAAAUACCUGUUAAAUAGAUAUAAUAUGCAAGUAUCACAUCCUCUAAAGGAAUUGUUUUAUAACUUCGAGUUUAAAAAGUAGUUCAGAUUUAAAGUUCUAUUUUUAAUAUAAUGUUUUUAGAUUCUGAGUUUAGCAAAGAAUUUAUUGAUUUUACAAAGAUAUUUAUGUUCUUUUUCUUUAUUUUUUUUUUAUGUAUACACUUUUUAACAGAAAGUUUACUAGAAUUUUUAAGUAUAGCACCAUUUCUGAAAGGAAAUUUUCUGUGGGUGGUACUUUAAGAGGACAUUUUUUUAAAUUCUAAUUAAUAUUUGAUUUAAUGAGGAAAGCCUGGUUCUUUGGGUUAAAAAAGAUGGAAGAAUUAAAAAUAAUGUCAUUGGCAACCUUUUUUAUUUAUUCUUUGUUAUUAUUAAGUUUUUAUUACUUUAAUCUUUUUUAAACAAUCAUUGUUGUUUUAAAAUGGCACAUUACAUUGUUAUAAUCAUUUUACCAUAAUAUGACAUAUAUUUUAUUGACAAAGCAACACUAUUAACUGAACUUCGCUCAGAAUUAUUUUUUUUCGUUAGCAAUCUUUACUCAAAUAUACAUUAAAUUCCCUAUCUUACUAACUUCUUACAUACAACAGUGGCUGCACCUAUAUGCAAAAUAUGUCCAUCCUUUUAGAUUCUGAGUGGAGUGAAGAAGCAUAUGAUUUACAAAGAUGUUUAUUUUAUUUUAUAUUUUUUAUCUUUGUGCAACUCUUCUACCAGAAAUCUUGAUCCAAUUUUUAAGUGUAGCCCCUUUUUUGAGUGGAAAUUGAUGUGGAGAGGUACUUUAAGAAGGUAAUUUUUUUCGAUUUUCCCGGGAGUUUUGUCAACAAUUUGAAAAACCAAAAAAAAUAAAUAAAGUAGGAGAAUUGGUUCAUUGAAUAAAUAUUAUUAAAGAUAAUAUAAAAAUUAUGCUAAAUAUGGAAAACAUCACUAUCAACUGCUCUCAUGAAUGAACUCUGCUCAGAAUAUUUCUUUCCUUAGUAAUGGUCCGUUUUUAAACUUAACAUUUCUUUUUAGAUUUAACUGAAAAAUUUAAAAAAAAUAACAGUAGGUACAAAAUAUAUUCACUAUUAAUUUCAACAUUUAAUUUUUGUAAUACCAUUAUAGUGACAUUAUACAAAAAGAUCUAGCAGCAUGUGUCAACUUACUUCCAAAUAUUACAUCAAUUUAUAAGUGGAAUGGACAAAUACAAGAAGCCUCAGAAUCAUUAAUGGUAAAAUUCAUAUCAUAUAAUAUAAGUAAAUUGUUUUCCUUGGUAUUUUUUUCAUUAUUAUUAUUAGGUAGUUUCAAUUAAAUUAAUUUAUAUCAUUUUUUAUUUAAUUUUGUAUUUUUGGAAUUCAUUAAUAUAUAAUCAUAAUUAUUUUUAUAAAGUCCUUACAAAUAAUUUAUAUUUGUUUAGAUACUAAUAAUAAUUAUUGGGGAUUGGAUUUUAAAACUUUCAAAAAUCAACAAAAUAAUAGAUAUUUAUAACUAAUAAUAUAAUUUUAUAUUUUAAAUUUAUUUUAAUUUAAGAUUCAAUCAAUAAUAAAAUAAUAAAGUAAAAACAAAAUUAUUAAAUGGUUAAUAUUCGUAAAUAAUCUUCUCCUUUCCUUGGGGUAUCUACUCUCUAAGAGUUUUGGCCACCACCACAAUAAUGUGCCACCUUUCCCUGUCAUGUACUAUAUUUUCCAAUUCUUCACCCCAAUUCUUUAAUGCCCAUCUUCACCAAGUCUUCCUCUACUUUAUCCAGCCAUGUUUGUCUUAGUCUGCUUCGUGGUCUCUUUCCUUGAGUACCCUUUAGUGAUAUCAGAUAAAUCCAAAUUCAGAUUUUGAAUAAACAGAUAUAAUUUAUCUAGUUUGUUCAAAUCCGGAUAAUUGACAUCACCAGUACCCAUUAAAGGGUUGCUCUUAGUAGUUCAUCCAAGCCAAUGUAUCUCCUGACCUUUGAUAAAGUUAGUUAUCGUUCCUAUUUCCAACAUCUCCUGUAACUGUUGUAUCUUCUUCACCAUUCUUCCUAAUGUGUUUAACGUUGUACCUAAAUACUUAAAAUCACCUACCUCACUAUUUAUAAGCUCCAUUAUUUUUGUUUUAUCUGAAUUUAUCUAUAGCCCAUUCUUACUUGUCUCUGUUUCCAAAAACACUCACUGCAUUGACAAUAUCUUCCAGUAUCUCUCCUAUAUUGUACAGAUUAUCUACAAAUCUGAGUAGCCUAAAUUGUAUGUUGUUGAUCAACACACCUUCCUCAGUGCACAGCAGUACCCUCCUUGCUUCAAACCUGAUUCAACUGUGAAGGCUGAUAACACUAUGUUUUCCACCCUUACCCAAUAUUGUGUGUCUUCCAUGCACAGCUUUGUUAGUUGUAUUAGCUUUUGAGGAAACCAAACUCAAAUAUUAUUUUGUACAACCUGUUCCUGAGAAUGCUAUCAUACACUUUUCUAAAAUGAAUAAACCAGAGGUUCUCAAAUUUUUAAUUUCCUGUACCACUUAUAUUUAUUAUGGCUCUGUUACUACCAUGUACCAUCUCAACUAAUCAUAAAAAUUGAACUAUUCAUAAUGUUUUUGCAUUUAUUUCAAAAUGAUAAGAGUAUAAGACAGUAAUAUACUUCAAUAUAAUAAUAAUAUAGUAUUAGUAGUAUUAGUAUUCGAUCCAUUAAAAAAUAUUUGUACAAAUAUUGUUUAAUUUAUUUUCCAUACUGUUACCAUGCUAUUACCUAGCCUUCUGUGUACCACUAUGUUACCUACCUUGUACCAUCAGUAGUAUGUGUACCACAGUUUGAAAACCGCUGGGAUAAACAGUUACCACAUAUUCUGCAAAUAUUCAUAUCUUUUCUCAAUGACCUGUCCUAUAAUUGACAGUUGCUCCAUUGUUGAUUUUCCCCAUUUGAAACCACAUUGAUAAUCUCCCACACAUUUAUAAAUAAUUAAAUGAAUAAAUUAAUGUGUUGCCUACAGUAUUAUGAUAAGUGUAAUAUUCAUCAUCAGGUAUAUCACAGUUAAAAUAUAAAACGCAAAUGAAUAUAAAAAAUAAAAUGGAGGAAUACAUAGGAAAAAAAUACACAAUGGGUUAUUAUUAGACACAUAUAUAUAUAUAUAUAGAAAUAUAGAGAUUAAGAAGUAUAAAUCAUUUGGUUAUUAUUUAUUAUUUAAAAUUUAUUUUUAUGAGAUAUUAUUUUUAAUAUCUGUUUGUACAUUUAAAAUAUUAUUAAAAUUAUUUUUCUUUAUUUAAUUGUAUUUAUGUAAUUCAUCAAAAAUUGAAUUAAUGUAAAUAUUAUUUUGAGUAUUUAAUAUCCCUAAGUCUGUGUUAAUAUCAAAACUUAUAUUAUAGUUAUUUUCUUAAACAUGUUUAGCAAAAUUUGAAUUAGAGGCAGUUUUUUUAAAUUUUAUUUCAGAAAUUUGUUCUUAUUUUAAAUAUAUACGAUUUAUUACAGUUACAUUUAAAUUUAUAUAUACCAGCAUUUUCAAAAGAGGGGGGAUUUUUGGUGAAGUUUUUAGUUCUACUAUUUAUACAUUUCACUUUGAUUAAAUUAUUAUUAGUCUUAAAAGCUAAAAGUCUUUUACAUUGUAUUAUUCUUCAGAAUUUUAGCAAAUUUGUUAGGCAUAUUAUUUUGAUAUUUCAUAUUACAAUAGUUAAUAAUAUUAUUUUAUGAGUUUUGUAUUAUUUGUUCUCUAACACGUUUAUGCAAUUUUUUUAAUAGUAUUUAAAUUGAAAUUAUUUCUAUGGGCUAUAUUAUAGAUUAUAUUGAGCUCCUGUUGAUAAUUAUGUUCAAUUGAAUACAUUUAAACCUAUAUAAUAUUGAAUUAAAAAAUAUUUUUUAGAAUAAGGGUGAUACCACAUGAUUAUAAUCAAAUCAUGUGGUAAUAUAUCAGUUUAUGUAGGUUUCUUGUAAAUAUUAAAUUCAAAUUUAUUUUUUAUUAUGGAAACUGUUAUAUCUAAGAAUUUUAAUUUAUUAUUUAUUUGUAUUUCGAGUGUAAAUUGAAUGUUUUUAUUUAUUUUGUUUAAGUAAUUAACUAAAUGUUCUGCUUGUCNAAGUAUUAAUCAUUUAAUAAUUUUGUUUUUACUUUAUUAUUUUAUUAGAUAGUUAUUGAUAUAUUUGUGUUUUAGUAAUAAUGCCCAUUUAAUUAAGUUAGAAAUGCUGUAUAAUUAGAACUGAAUGCAAUUUAUUAUUUAUUUAAGUUUUGAAUGAGCCAGAUCAAAAUACAUAAAUCUAUGUAAAUAAAAAUGAAUAGCUCAAAAUGUUGGUAAGCUCAAAACUUGUAAAUGACUGAACAGAUUUGGCUGUUAUUAAAAAAAUAUUUGUUUAACCCUAAGGAAAGUUUUUAUGAACCAUUAAGAUUUUUUAAAAAAGAACAUUUAAAAUUUAAUUUCAUUAAAAGUUCAAAUUAAUUUUUUUUUUUAAAGAACAUCUGAUAAAAUAAAAUUGGUCCAACAUUUGUGUGUUCAGUUUAAGAAAUAAUAAAUUAAAUUAAAAUAAUAGUAUGUUUGUCAUAUAAAAUUUAUGAAUAUAGAUUUAAAUAAAUGUACAAGUAUAACAACACUCUAAAAUUUAAAUUUUGUGACUUGAGGUCAUUUUUUGAUUUUCUCAAUAUAUUGGAAACACUCGAAAAAAAAAUAAGCGGGAAGAUAUGUAUAAUAUUAAACAAAUAUUAGAAAAAAAAGCUUUACUAGGAUAAGUGGGAUGAGUUGUUGGUGGGAAGUUGGUAAGGUAGGAUAUAGAAGGAAAUUUAAUGGACAUCUGUAAGCAAUGAUGUACUAUAAAAUGAUUCUGAGCAAGUAGUUAACUAAAUGUUCUGCUUGUCUAUUUGAACCUUUAAAUAAAAUUAAUAUACCUAUAAUAUGCUUUUAUAAAUGGACUGUAUAUUUUGUUGCUAAUAAUAUUAUUGGUUUCAUAAUAUUGCAUGUAAAUUUCAGAUCUAUGAGCACUUAAAGAACCACCAUAAUUAACCCAACUUCAUCAUUUAUUAUUUAUUAUUUAUUUAUCAUUUAUUAUAUUGGAAAUAGUUCUGAUUAAUAAUUACAUUUACUGAUUGAAUAAUUUCUUGUACUCUAUUUGUAUUAAAUUUAUCUCAUUGUAGAAGUUUAUUUUUUAAAAAAUGUACUGUUUUUUGUUUAAAAAUGAAUGUAUAUCUAUUGGGUACAUCAAGAGAAAUCAUUUUGUAACCAGGCUUAAUAUUGAUUUUAUUAAUUUUUUUAAAGAAAUCAUAUGUUUUUUCUAUAGAAGUAUUAGUAUUUAUGUUUUAUUUUAUUUUAUAAGCUGUUCCAAAUACUUAGCAAGGUUAUAAGAUGGAGUAGUUUUAAACUCAAUUAAUGGAUGGAUAGGAUUAUCUUAUUUAUGCAAUUUGUUGAAUGUAUGUAAGUGUGGCGCCUCUAUUUUGUAAUCAGAUUUUAAUAAUAUUUUUUUUUUUUUGGACUUUAGGUAUAAUUUCUUUCAAAUUUGUUAUCAUUUAAUUAAUUAAUUUAGUGUAAAUUAUAGCUGGGUCAUAUAUUAAGUUUUGAAUAUUAUUAUUAUUUAUAAAAUCUCAAGUUUUUUUUAUAAAUAUUAUUAGUGUAAAUGAUAACAAUAGGAUUAAAUUUAUCUACUGGAAUUAUUUGUUUUUAAUUCAUUCACUAUGUUGUUAAUAAUUGUAUUUUUUCAUUUAACCUUACUAUUUUGCUUAAGUAUUUUAUUAGAUUUAUUUGUGUAGUUUUUAUUGGUACUGUUUAGUAAGUUAUAUCUUUUUUGAUUUUGAAAUUGUAAAUGAUUUAUAAUAGAUUCACAUAGUGUUAAUUGUUUUUAAAGUUUUUGAAUGUUUUAUAUGCAUUGAAUUUAUUACCUUUAUUUAAUAAAUUGUUUUCAGCUUUAUUGAAAAUGUUGAAAUUUAAAUUAGUAACUCAUGGUUGUAAAGAAUGCUGGUUUUUUAGUUGUACUUUUAGAUAAAAUUGUUUCUAAAUUAUUAAUUUUUCAUACUAUAAUGUACUUUUUGCUGAAUAAAAAUCUUAUUUCAGAGGUCAAUCAUAUUGUCUCUGCUCCUCUCUUGACUUUAAAUACAUUCUAGAUUAAAAGCCAGCAUUCUUUUUAAGCACAUGUUACUAAUUUAACUUCUAAAAUUUUCAAUAAAACUAAAAACAAUGUAUUAAAUAAAAUUAAUAAGGCUGCACAUUAAUUUGUUUAUUUAUUUAUUUAUCAUUUAAAGAUUUAAUCAUUAAGUUAAUAAUUUAUUAAUAGAAUAAUAAAGUAAAAACUAAAUAGAUGAAUGAAUUUUAAUGAAUGAGUUGUUGAAUUCACUUUAAUAUCUAGUAGUAUAUUCUAGGUAACAUCUUCAAAUAAAUUAAUUAUAGGGACCAAAAUAGUGAAAACCCAACUGUAUAAAAACAAACACAUAUGUAAAUAAAAAUAAAGUCCUAGAAUAAGUCCUUCCACUAAGAACCUAAACAUGAUUUUUAAUUAUGAUUAUGAUUUUCAUCAAACAUGAAACGUGAUAAACAAAAUGAUUUUAUAUUAUAUUUUAUUUUUCAUAUUCAUAUUAUUUCUUUUAAAUUUUUUUGACUGUUUAAAAAAUGGUUUUUAUUAAUUUCAAAUUACAAUAAUUGAUCAUUUGUUUUUAUGUUUAGAUGAUUAAAACUCGUACAUCAAGAAUAGAAGAACUGACUAAUUUUGUAAAGUGAGUAUUAAUGUGCAUAUAUGUGCAUUGUAUAUUAAACCUAAAUUUAAUUGAAAAAUAAAGAUAUGUUUAUAUGAACUUAUACUUUUAUUUAAUUGGUAACUACCACACAAACAAGUUUUAAAAAAUAAUAAUAAUAAUAAUUUGAUAUUAUUCAAUAUAGUACAUUAAAAUUGCAUAGGUAUUAUAUUGAAUUGUUUAUGUUAAUAUGUUAAUAUGUUUAAUAUUUCAUUUAUAUUUUUUUAAGGGUUCAUCACCCAUAUGAAGUAUGUGAAGUUAUUUCUACUAAAGUUAGUAAAUAUUUGUAUUAUUUGUAUACUUAUAUUCUAGUAAAAUACCAGAGAAACUUAGGAUUUACUAGUUAAUCCUAGGUUUUGCCAACUACUAUCAGUAGAUGUCUACAUUUAAGACAUUUACCUGUUGAUUUCAGUAAAAAACCUAUGAUACACAAACUAGUUUGGUAAAUUCCAUAUGAUUUUAUGUAGUUUUCAAAUGAAAUUGGUAAAUCUUAAGAUUAACUUCAACUGCUAAUUAGAGUUGUUCAAAGUCUGAAAUUUAAUACAAAAAAACAAAAUGUCUACUAAACAUGUGAUUUGUUUGUUCCUUGCUUUAUACUCAUAUAUUAUUAUAAUAAUAUAUUUUAAUUAUACAUUUAUACUAUUUAAUAGUAUUAUUAAAUAUCACUGCAAAAAUGUAAUUACAUAUCAUAAUAUAGAAUAGGUAUUUUUUUAUUAUGAAAAUUAUUUAUUUGUGGAUACUUAGUUACUGCUCUAUCUGACCAAUUAAAAUAGAGUAAUAAGGUAUAACUGGUUAAUAUGUGACUCAAAAAUAGGCAUGUAACUAUGAUUUCAUUUGGGGUGUUAGAGGAUCCAUUUUCAAAAAUAGAUCCAUAAUCAGGGUGAAUUGUAUUGCCAACUACACAGUGAAUUCGUUCUCUCUAUUGAUACAACUGGAAUCAACCACUUGGGCUUUCUACCAGUAGGAUUUCUGGCAGGGCCCUGGGUUCACUAAACCUGUAGCAUCACAUGCUAGGCACAGAUAAUAUGACUUCAUGAUAAUUAAAACAAUAGUACAUAUCAAAUAUUAAUAUGUAUAAACCACUAAAAUAAUAAUAAAAGAUUUCACCAACAUUAAAUUUAGCCCAUCAAUGAAAUAUACUAUACUAAGAUAGUUUGCAAACAUGGUAUGGGUAUAGAAAAAAAAAAUAUAUUAUAAGUUUAAAUUACUGUAAUUAACCUCAACUAAUGGCCAUAAAAGUUGUAUAUUGAUCAAUAAAUAACUUAUUUUUUGUUAACAUACCUAUGUAAUAAUGUACUUGUAUAAAGUAAAAGGAAAAUAUUAUAGGAAAAAAAUUGAAUUUUUACUAACACUAAUUGUUUAUACUAACAUUUACCAAACUUAUUUAUGAAAGCUUGAACUUCUAAGUUUGAACAAAUUAUUUUAUAUAUCAACAACAGAAGUAAAUUCUAGGUUUUGCCAAAAUUCCUACUUUUAUGGUAACAUAUAUUAUAUAUGUGUAUGUAUAUAUAUAUAUGUAGUCUGUGUGUAUUGUUUUAAAUUAUUUGAUUUAUUUUACAGAUAGAAAAUGGAAACAUCCCAUACUUGAAUUGGAUAUCAGAAAGCGUACCAGAAGUUCCUAGUAUUUUAGAAGAAAAUGAACCAUCAACAUAAUAUAAAUUUAUUUAAAAUAAAAAUUAAGUAUGCAAAUUUGCCCUAUAAAACUGAUUUACUAAUUUAAGUAUACUAA